AUGACCUUGACUGUUCUCUCGGACCAUCAGGUCCAAUCCAUUCUCGAAGGCUUGACAGCCGACCGGCUCAUCGACUUCAGUUCUGUCUUGUCGGCAGCGCUCCACCAGUACUCGACCAACUCGCAGCCUGGUCCCGACGGUCCUUAUCAGCAGCCUCGUCGCAUCAAGACCUUUCAUCAUGCCACUCAGGCCACCAGUCUCUACAUGCCUUCAUGCGGGCCCGAAGGCAUGGGAUGCAAGAGUAGCUUCUCCAUAGGCUGUGAAGACGCCCAGGACUCAAAUGAAGGCAGCAAGGCGAUUGCGCCGGUGGGAGUCCUCAACCUCUUCUCACCGGCGGGCGAACCCGUAGGGCUGAUCCACGCCAAGACUCUGACGGCGUUCCGCACGGCCUUGGCGUCGCUGUGUCUCGUCAUGCGGCGGCGGAAGUUUGAGCGCAUCCUCGUCUUCGGGGCGGGCACGCAGGCUUACUGGCACCUGCGGCUGGCGCUCAUGGUGCGCGGCACGUCGGUCCGGAAGGUGUACGUGUCGAACCGCAACUUCACGGGGGCGGCCUCGCUGCUCCGGCGGCUGGCCGCGCUGCCUGAUGAGGUCAAGCAGCGCGAGGGCUGGUCGGGCACCGAGUUCGCCGUCAUCACGCCCUCCUUCCAUGACUUUGAGCGCCUCCUGAAUGACUACGUCUUCAACGCCGACAUCAUUUACUGCUGCACCCCGUCGCGUGAGCAGCUCUUUGACGGCGGCGUCCUCACGUCGCACGACGGCCGCCGCAAGGGCCGCCUGAUCAUCGCCGUCGGCAGUCUCACCCCGGAUAUGAGAGAGCUGCCGCACGGCCUACUCGUCCAGGCCACAAAGAAGCAUGACUCGGCCACCCGCCGCCACUUCCACAAGCAUGCCGACCACGGGGGCGUCGUCAUCGUCGACUCGCUAGAUGGCGCACUCCACGAGGCUGGUGAGAUUGUCGCGGCUAAUAUCCAGCCUACCCAGCUUGUCGAGCUUGGAGAACUCGUCAUGCUACGUCAAAUUGACAAUCAGGAGUCCGAGUCCGAGACUGAGAGCACACCUGCUACUCCCCGUACCCAGAGCGAUACACCCGAUGAGAUGCCGGCCACGUCGUUGUCGUCACCUGCAUCGUCGAGGCCGCCGAGCCCUUCGAGGGGGAAGCAUGAUUCCAGGACAUCCAGCAGCACCUCUCUCGGCCGUCUCCCCUUCCGCAAGUCCGCAAGCAGUAGCACCAUUCCGUCUCACAAGAGCCACCAGCACGGCCACGCUGCCAAGGACGAGACCGCGCUGAGUCGGUGGCUGCGGGACGGUACAGUCAUCUACAAGAGCGUGGGGCUAGGCAUGAUGGACCUGGUCGUCGGGAACGAACUGAUGAAGUUGGCUGAAGAGAGGGAUAUUGGCACCCGUAUUCCCGACUUUUAG